AUGCAUUCAUAUAUCCAUAUUAAGAGCUGCAAGAUGAAUCAAUCGGCAGAAAUAAAACAUCAAUUCUCAAAAACAAAAAUUUGUAGACACUUUUUAGAAAAUAGAUGUACGAAUAAAGGUAACUGCAACUAUGCUCAUGUACUGGAGGAAUUAAGACCUCUACCAAAUUUAGAAAAUACUAAAUUAUGCAAAAGUAUAAAAAAAAAAGUCCCCUGUCUUAACCCUAAUUGUAAAUAUGCCCAUAGAAUUGAAACGUUGCAACCAAGUACCAAUCUGGCUACUUAUAAAACCACUCUAUGCUAUUUCUGGAAAAAGAAAAAAUGUAUGAAUCAAGAUAAAUGUAGAUUUGCUCAUGGUAUUGAAGAAAUUAGACCUCUAAGAGUACCAAACGAAAUGAAAAAUGUAGAGACACAAUUGCCGCUUACAGAUAGAAAUGACAAUUCAUGUGUAGAAAAACAUCAACAGAAAAUGAAGCAAAAAGGACAACAAAAAAAAGAAUUGUGCACAGUGUAUGGGAAAAAAUGGGGAAAAAAGUGGGGUCCCAAUGAAGGCAAAAGUAAAGGUAAAUACGAAGGAAAUAUAUGGGAAGAGAAUGGAAGAAAAUAUUGGAACAGUGAAAAACAUAUCGCACGAACUGAUCAUACGACAGAAAAAAAUUUUAACCUACUACUUGAAGAAGAAACCCCACAAAAUGUGACGACAAACUUGAGCUUAUUUGAUAACACUCCUACCUUAGAAAAUGGUUUAUUCCAGUUGAAUGAAAAUUUUUUAAAUAUUUAUAACAGAGCAACUUCCAAAGUUAAUGCUUGGCCCACUUCACAGAAAAAGACGUAUUCUGAUGCACACGAACAAAAUGAAACAAAUGUCAAGAAAGAAAGCAUGGAAAAUUUUAUUUUAGAUAUGGGUUUUAUGAAUUUCGAUUACCUUAUGGAUGAUACAGAAGUUUCAAAUUACGAUUUAUUUGGGGAUAACAGUCUCGACAUAAAUCUGGAGAACCUCCGGAACAGAAAUUUUGGUAGACGUCAAAGCGUUAGCAUGAGUAGGAGUAAUGUCGAAGACGUGGAUCGAAGCCAAAACAUGGACAUGGGUAUGUCCCAAGGUGCAUAUAUGAAUAAGGGGAAAUGCAUCAGUAUGAGUAGAAGUCAAGAUAUAAUUCUGGAUUGGAGUACCCAAGUAAGCGAGAGUAAUAGUCUUGAUAUAUUUUUGGAAAGACAUCAGAAUAUAGGCAAAAUUAUAAAUACCAAUCAUGGUGUUAGUAAACAUCACGACAGGAUCUUGCAUAGGUGUAACAGCCCAACUAUGGGGAAAAGUAUAGGAAUAUGUAAUGACCAAUGCAACAGUGAAAAUACAGAGUCAAAUGAAUUUUUUUUUUCACUCAAUGAUAUUUCUCCCGAGGAGGUGAUAAACGACUCUGAACUUUUUACUAAAUUGUGUAAAAGCAUAAAAGGAGCUUCAAAAAAUUUUGAAAAUAUAUGUACUUACUAA